AUGAGUCUCUUGGAAGCGCAACGACAGCGACACAAAGCCUUAGGGCAACGGCAUGGCUUAGGUGCUUCGGAGGUCAUCCGCCAGCUGCGGCAUGACUUCGAACAGGAGACGGGCAACGAGGCCCCAAAAUCCGCGGCUUCGCAGUAUCAAGUGGCAGGCCACCUGUCAGGCUUCGGCUUCAAAGCCCGUGAGGAUGCCACCUCCGUUGCAGCCGCACGGGCGGAAGAGAUUCACGGGUUGUUCAAGACCACUGAGAAGAAGACCAACGUCUUGGAAGUCGUGCGCAGUGUGGUGAAUGACACACAGCAGAAGCAGCUUGAGCCGCUGGACAAGAGCAGGAAAAAGAUCUUCAAAGCCUUGAAGAGGCGCAUGUCUGACAUGCACGGGGACGAUUUGGCGAACAGCAAAAUUUUUGGUUUUCUCCUUGGAGACGGAGUUUGGGAAAGCUGUGCUGCUUGCAUGCAUGCAUGGCAGAACUGGUAUCGCCGCGUCAGGUUCGAGAGGAAUCGUCAGAGCAUGCGAGCAGCCCUGACCUGGGACGACCCUGAACGCGCCAACGCGGUCAUGCGUGCCAGAGAGACCCUGGCGAAGAGUGAUCAGGUUACUUGGCUCAGCGUUCAGUUCUGUCGCAAGGUCAACGAGGAGAAGCGACGCGAGAGCUCCGUCUAUCCCGUGACGUCUCCUCCCAAGCUGCGACGCGAGAGUGGUGAAACCUUCUCAGCCUUAGCACAGGAGUUACGUCAUCAGCUGGCACAGCUCCUCCGACAGCAGAUGGCCGCGGCCAGCGAGGCGGAACGAGGUGUUGUUCAGCGCUGGAUCAUCAAAGAGAAAACCAAGGAUGUCAAAAAGGCUGAAGCUCGAGAUGAGGCGGCCGCUUGGCAGCUCGAAUGCGCCAAGCGGAAGCUGCAUCAAUCGCCCGCCCUGGCGGCUCUCUUCCAGCAGCUCUACAUCAGCAGCUUGACCUUCAGUGUGGAGAAAACGGCCACUACCUUGACACAGAUGUUUGCGGAUCCCUCCUACUUGAUGAUCCGCAUCAUGGCGAUGCCCUUCGCAAAGGAGACAGGUGAAGCAAUGCUGGUGACGAGUCCAAACCAUGCAGACAUUCAGGCGCAUCUGAACGCUCUGCUCGAAAGCGUUGUGUCAGUGGCUGGCCGUGCUCCCAUCGUAUGGCAGCCAAGGAAGCCCUCGAUUGCCGAGGUCGCUGGUGAAGACUUGGUGGCGGAAAUGGAACAGAAGGAGGACAAAGAUGCCUCUGCAGCUCUUCAACGGUCUUUGAUGAGAUCCAGCAGCUACCGCCUUGCGGUUCGAGGAUUGGACGCUCAGCUGAAACGCAGCUUUCAAGUCGUUGAGAGAAGGCUUCAAGGGCUUCAAAGUCAAUUGGAGCCAAUGCUGUUGGCGCAGUCUGCGGUGCUCAGUCAGCUCUACUUGGAUCGUAGAGGUCUUUUCGAGCAAAUCUUGUCCGUGGCGGACUGGACGAAGCCCGACGCCCGGCGUCCUGCUGAGUGUGAAGCGGAUGCCACAACUUUGACUUCGCCCUUUCUGGCAGACUUUGUGAUGUUUUGGCUCUCAAGGCCCGAACAACUGGAACGCCACGGACUUCCCGAAAAAAUCUCUGUGCUUCUGAUGAACCUCUUCUACUCCUUGGCCAAGGUGGUUGCCAGCGAAAAAAAGGCGACCCUGCAGGUGGCUCCAUUGCAGCCGGAUACGGCCGCCUGCCUCUCGCCAGUGAAGAGCGGUGCGGAGUCGGCGGCUUUGGCGACCAUCAUUGCAGAAGCUGUGGAUGGAAAAGGCGCUGGUUGUGCUUCCUUCCACACGGCCUUGGCAUCGCUGGUGGAUGGCUCCAAGAGCUUUCUGGACCUCUUGCUGCGGCCUGAUCUGUUCCUGCGCCCGGCAGAGUUCCUCAAAACCUUGCGGGGAUCCACCUAUGAUCUGAGUAUGGUGGAAGGGCUCUGUGAAUGGCUUCGAAAUCUCCAGCGGAGUUGUGAAGAGUGGGAGCGAGCGGUGCGAAACACUCGGGCCUUGUCGCAGUGCGGACCUUUCGCGUUGGAUUUGAGGUAUUUUUCCUUUAUCGCAGAGCAAACAAGUCCCGCACUGCUGAGCCUGUCCACCUAUGCUCUGAACAUCUACGGAGUGAAUUGUGGCAAGCGAUUGUGGAAGGAGAUCAACGACUGGCUGCAACGCCUUCGAAAACCUGUGCCCUCAGUGGAGGAGAUGCUGCUGGAGAAGGAGUGGCUGAGCGAGGCAGAGCAAAACAUGGGCCAUUUCCAAAGUAACCUGAGGCAGUUGACACCCUUGAUUUCGUGUUUAGCUGCCGUCACUCGGAGCCGACUCUUCACGGAGCGCUUGGCAGAUGUGGAAUCAGGCCGCAGCACAAUGGAAGAGGUCGUUGAAGAAUUCUUAUUGGAUUUCCAGGAUGACGAUGAGGGCCGAGCACCAGGUCGCGCCCAGAGAAAGGACCGCGAGGAUUCGCGGCGCGCGCAUGGUGUGGGGCAUCCCUAUGGUGGAUUGUCGACGGGAACCUUGCAGUAUCUGUGCCAUCAGAGUGGCGAGAUCUUCGCGAAGCUUCAGGAAAACAUGGAGAAGGUCUUAGCGACGCCCGAGCGCUUCAGAGCCAUGGAGGAGCUGGAAAGAGAAGAGUUGCGGGCCGCAGCGGAGGCAGCCCGUGCGGCGCCACAAGAGGUGGAGGAACCACUAAGUCCCAGCAUUUCUUUUACUCUUGGCCGAUGCAUGGCACGAGGUAUGGCCGAAGACGUCGAGGUCCCCCCAGUGUCGGAGAAUGCGCGAUCCAAAGAGGAGGAGGAAAGCAAACAAGACAAGUCCAAAGAGGCCAAAGAGAAGCCGGAAGCCCGGACGGAAGCCCGGACGGAAGCCCGGACGGAAGCCCGGAAGACCUCCCAGGUGGCUUCUGUGGAUGGAUCCGCUAUGGGCGAGGCCCGCAAGUCCUCUGUUGAAGCGCAGAUGCAAAUUCGACAAGACCUGCAGGACCUCCGAAGCCGUUGCUUCCGUUUGUUCUACCUGGAGGAUGAGGUCCUACUGGAGCUGAUGACCAGCUCCGCCAACGUGAAGAUGCAACAGCAGAUCGUGAGCCGCUGCAUUCCACAGCUGUUCCCUGGAUGGAGCGCUGCCACCUUUACCCGGCAUUUGGAGAGUGGCAGUACACCAGGUUUAGAGCAGCGUUCAUCAUGCAAGCGCCUGGCAUCGAAACGAGCGACAGCACAUAGUGACUGGAUGAUCACAGCAGCUGAGACAAGUGGACCUCCUUUGCAGCUGUUGCAAGCCGUCCCACUGCAUCUUCCCUUGCAGGAGUGGCUCCAUCGACUUGAACAGAGUGUCGCUCGCAGUUUUGCCGCGCUGUUGCGCGAGGAGUCACCACAGCACUGGCGGAGCACGGAGCUGGAACAGCUGAGAUGUAGCAUCGAGAAGCAAAGCUUGGAACAACGCUUUGUAAGGGAUCAGAUUCCCGAGCACGUAGCGGUGACAGCCGAACGGAUUCGCUGGACCUACAUUGUGGAAGCAUGGUCCAGUUAUGAAGAGUCUCUUGAGCUGCUUAAUGCCUACCUGGAACACCGGCUGAAGGAAGAGGUGGCGCAGAACAGUGCUGCCUCCAAGGCAUGUGCAGGUGCGGCCCUCAUGUUGAUGUUGGAACUUCGUGGUGUCCUGGGUCGAGCCAGAGAGCAUCGCCACGAGGCCCAUGAGUUGAAGUUCCUGCGAAUGGCCUGGCGGUCCACCGAGAGUUUGGCCGUGGAGUUGGGCCCCUUGAUCUUGGAAUUUGGAUGGGAACUCUAUGGAGGCGAUCAGCUGAUCUGUCCCGCUACGGAGCGCUGCUAUGUGGAGCUGGCGCAGCAUCUCUGCGCAGGUCUCACGUGUCCGGUGCUGCAGGGAACUCUGGGAAGCACAGUGACCCGUGCUUUUGCGGCAUGCUGUGGCAUCGCAUGCCAUCAGUGCUCCAUCUUAGAGCCUGGGCAGUUCCGCUUCUGCACCGGUGCUGGCUUGUUGGGGCACUGGGUGAUCCUGCACGGCAUCGAGGACUUGGAGCCUCAGUCGAGAGAGGUGCUAUGA